AUGGCCCGCAGUCGGACUCCGCUCAGGUUGAUAGAGGCCGACAGGCACCGCAGCUACGCUUUCCAGAGGAGGAAGGAGGCGCUUAAGAAGAAGACCAUGGAGCUGGGCGAGCUUUGCGGGAUCGUCACUCUCCUGGUCUGCUUCGGCCCCCGUGGCCAGUUGGUAACGUGGCCCGAAGACCCCGAGGAGGUUCGCGGCAUCAUCCAGAGCUAUCGGCGAGUCGGGCUCGACGGAGACGGCGUCAAGCGCCGCUACGCUCUCGUCGGAUUCUUCCAGGACCUCCUGAAGAGGCUACAGAGGGAGCUCGGGAGGGUGCGGGACGCCUGGCUGGGUAACCUUCCCUUGGAGUCCUUGGAAGAGCUGAUGCGGUCCCUCGACUCGAGACUGGAGGCCGUAGACGAGAGUAUCGUCAAAGCGGAGAUCGAGCAGAAGAAACUGGAGGCACCGACAACCCAGUUCCCUCAGCACCAGCUACCUACGGUUGAGAACCUGCAUUCGAGCACGGUCUUGAACGUGCAGCCUCUUCAGAGGUUCGACGGCUCGGAUUCCCGCAAUGACAGGCCAGAGUUCCUGGAAGACGACGUUGAUUUCAGGGGAACUACCCCAAAGUUGCUGGAAGACGUUAUUGGCUCGGAGAUGCAGCAGCCGUGGGACGGUCUUUGUCAUUCACCGCCGGGCCCAUCCCUCCUGCUUACCCCGGUUCAAGGGGGCUGCUUCGAUCUGGGCACUAGCUAUCUCGGUGAACACCUCUUCUGUGAUUUCCUGACUCACUCCACCUCCGGGGACGUCUUCUAUUCGGCGAUGGCUUCUCCUACGAAUGUCUGCCGCUACGGCUCUGUACAUAGUUCCAGCGACGUAGGCCGCAGUGGCGUCCAACUCGACACUGCUCCAUUGUUCGAGAGUUCUGCUUUCUCCUUCCUCUCCACGGAAUUCGCCACCUUCCCCGCCGCCGGUGACUUUCACGACGCCUCCCUCCGUGGUUUCGGGGACGGCGGUGGCGACGGCGGCGUCCAUCUCCCCAAUGCUCCUUCGUUUGAGCCCUUUCCCAUCUCCUACAUCUCCACUGACUUCGGUACUCUCCCUGCUGCCGGCGACCUUGGCAAGCCGACGAUGGCGUUUCCUCUGUCUUUCUUCCUCGGCGGCUGGGAUCAUCUUCUCAGCAGCCAGUCACUCGAGGAGCCUUCCGCCAGUUCUCCACGCAGCUUCCCUCGGCAUCUCCUCGACGACCACCAUUCCGCGACGCUCUACGAAGCCGACGCUCUCCGAGGAGAGUUGACCGACAUCUGGCCGCCUCCCGACCCAGGAUGCUCCUUCGUCUUCCCCGAUCCACUGCUCAAUGCCCUGAGCCCCCUGAGGACCAGAGCCGGUGAAAUUGGUAGUGGAUGCUCUUCCAUAAAGUUCUCGCUGUGCUCUGCCGGCGACCGAUAUACAUUGUAG